UUGUCAAGCUGUAUGCAUCAGCAGUAGUCCAUAGUUAGAGAGAGAAACAAAAAACUAAUCUAGAGAGAGAAACUUAAAAGGUUAAAACCAGUACAGUCAGAGCCGACAACCAUUCUCCAUAUCAUCAUCAACAACAGAGUUCAUGUCUUCAAACCACUUACCUACAUUUUAAUCAAACCAGAUACAGACUCAAGAAUUUCAAUUCAAGCAAUGGAUCCAUGUCCGUUUGUUCGUUUAAUUAUCGAAUCACUCGCUUUAAAGCUUCCUCUAGCCACUAAACCCGCCGGUUCCGGUGUUCAUCCGUCAGCCACUCCGUGUUUUUGUAAACUACGUAUCAAGAAUUUCCCUUCCCAAACUGCCCUCAUCCCUCUCUGUAGUACUGAUUCGGCUUCCUCGCCGGACACCACCACCUCCGCUACCGGUUUUCAUCUCGACGCUAGUGUUAUCCGUCGUCUUUCUGCUAAGCCGACUGCGUUACACGUGGAGGUUUAUACCGGCCGUAUGGGUCGCACGUGUGGAGUCAACGGCGGGAAGUUACUUGGGAAAGUUCAGGUCAGUAUUGAGUUAGGUAAUGCUGGCGUGACUAAUUCAAGAGUGUUUCAAAAUGGUUGGUUAAAUCUUGGGAACCAGCCUGAUAAACCGGCGGCUAAGCUUCAUAUAGUGGUUCGGUCUGAACCCGACCCUCGGUUUAUUUUUCAGUUCGGCGGUGAACCGGAGUGUAGCCCCGUUGUUUUUCAGAUUCAAGGAAAUAUACGACAGCCUGUUUUCAGUUGCAAGUUUAGUGCUGACCGGAACUCACGAACUCGAUCUCUGCCAUCAGAUUUCACUCUCAACGGCAACAGAGGAUGGAGAAGUACAUUUUCCAGCGAAAAAGAACGGCCAGGAAGGGAAAGAAAAGGAUGGAUGAUAAUGAUAUACGAUCUCUCCGGCUCACCAGUAGCAGCCGCUUCAAUCAUCACUCCAUUCGUUCCCUCCCCUGGGACGGACCGGGUUUCCAGAUCGAACCCAGGUGCAUGGUUAAUACUCAGACCUAACGGUUUCUCAGUCAGCAAUUGGAAACCAUGGGGUCGUCUCGAGGCGUGGCGAGAGAGAGGUCCUAUAGACGGUCUAGGUUACAAAUUUGAGCUCGUAAUCGACAAUGGUGGACCAAGCCGCGGUAUCCCAAUUGCUGAAGCUACAAUGAGUUCAAGAAAAGGCGGAGAGUUUUGCAUCGAUAGUAGAGUAAUGAAGGAUUCAGGCUUGAUGAGUUCGAGAUCACCCGUUAAAGGUUUCGUGAUGGGCGCUACCGUCGAAGGCGAAGGUAAAAUUAGCAAGCCUGUGGUACAAGUUGGUGUUCAGCAUGUGACUUGUAUGGCUGAUGCUGCUUUAUUUGUAGCAGUUUCAGCUGCAAUUGAUUUAAGUAUGGACGCUUGUCGUCUAUUCUCGCAUAAGCUUCGAAAGGAGCUUUGCUACGAUGAGCAAGACUGGUUUUCAUGAAGCUAUAGCAUAUAUUUUUCGCUCUGCGGUGAUGAUCAAACAGAUUAGUUUGUCUGAGCUGAGAAAAAUUUAUUCUUUUUGCAAGUUUACUUCACUUUUUUCAAAAUUUUGCUGAUAAUUCUUUUAUUACUGAAAUUUUCAUCCAGAAAUUCUGUAAGAUCUUCUGUUCUUGGCUAGCAGUGUGGUGAUUUAGGGUAGUUGGAAUUCACAAUUCUUUUUGGGUUUUGAUUGGUUUUGUCAAACACCUUAUACUAAUAGGAGUAGUAGAGGGUUUUAUUUAUGUUUCAUAAUUGCUCUUAUAUGUACGAGUUUGCAAAUAUUUUGCAUAUAUAAUCAAUUUUAUUUAAACUGUACAGAAACUGUAGUUUCAAUUUUUUUUGCUCAUA